AUGUGUGAGCCCCAUGCGACGGUGGUGACUCUACUCUCACAGAAUUGCUUCUUCCCCCUCCUGGUUGGAGUCCAUUUCGGCAGGGAAAUGUGCUUUCACGACAGCCACAGCGACCCUCUGCCAUCCGGGUCCAUUUCUGGCAGCGUGUACCACGCAAGAGCCAGUGCAGUGGAGCUCGCGGCUUUUCUUCUACAGGUGAAUCCUGGCCCGAUCAUCCUGGACUUCCGGAUCUGGGGCGGCCGCUUCGGGCACCUGAUCUUUGUCUGCCAGGGCGCAAACUUUGUGCAGGGAGUGGGAACAGGUUCACAGAAUCAAGUGUUUCCUCGACGCCUGGUUUUUGAGCUGGGCGUUCUCGAUCCCGUGGACAUGGGAAGGACUGCGGGCAAGCUUGAGGACUUCGAGCGCACCAUCGAUGAGCUCAGAAAUUCUUCGCAUAUCACAGCACAGCAGCAAAAGAGCCAGAGUAGCAGCUAUGUUGCCAGAGGAGUCAAAGGAACUAUCCCACGCGUGCGUGUGCAGAAGAACGGCUUCAGCUUUUCGAACUGCUUGACAAAAGCCAUCGCAUUAAGCUUGUUCCUCCAGAUCAAAUCAGGUGACUUUCUGCCGCUUGAGAUCACCAACGUGGUCGAGCAAUUGCCCAGCAACCAGUUGUUGGCAGAUGUCCAGAGGUUGACCGGUGCGAUACGGUUGGUCACAGAAUGCUUGGGCUGUACGGUUUUGCAGCUCAUGAACAUGGUGAUGAAGCAAGUAGCCUUGCUACUGAUGGCUGCAUGCUGCGCAUGUUUGGGGGAGAGUGUUCUUCGGGAUCCACGUCUGCUCCGGCACUACUCAGCUCUACGCGACUUGCAGCAGCUGGGAGACGCAGGUGCAGGUCAAGCGGCUACUCACAUGAGGGUUCCUCUUCUUGCGCUGUUGGGCGUUCAGUCCUCUGGCAAAACGUCCUUUCUGGAGAGUAUUGUGGGGUGGGCCGUGGGCUUCACUGCCCGUGGGACUGCAACACGAUGUCCAGUGCGCUACAUCCUCCGCGAUGGGCCCAACCGACGCUACAGUGUUGCAGGGCGCUCGGUUUCUACACGUGGUGAGCUGAGGGAUGCAGUGGCAGCGCACAUGACGGCUUUGGGGAAAACGUUCACCUCAGAGGCACUCAUCGUCACUAUUGAGGAGCCCGGGCAAAUCACUCUUGAUGUCACGGACUUGCCUGGUCUCAAAGACUCAGGUGACCCCGACUUCAACCAGUUGCGCAACAUAACACAAAAGUUCUUGCAAGAUGCUCGAACAAUUCCAGUCGUGAUGUGCCAGGCUUCGAAGUCCCACGAGACGCAACACGACCUGGACAUACUGAGAGAGCUCGGCCUGACAUUCAGCAACUCGCUGGUGAUCAUGAACUACUUCAACAAGCAGCUGCCGGACAUGACGCGGGUGAGCCAGGUCAAUUCCUACGUUCUCGGGCAGAGAGGCAAGUUUCCGAACGCACGUUUUGUCAUGCUACAUCACAAGGAUGGCGUUGACAAGGAGCGCAUGUCCGCAGACGAACUCGAGGACUACAUUCAGCAGCUGCCCAAAAAGGAGCAGAGAGAGUUCGAAACGCACAUUGAACGCAUGGAGAAAGAUGAGGAGUUGACCAAGGAAGCUAUCGAGUCGUUUGGCGUAUCACGGGCUAUCAAUCAUGUACAGGGAAUUCUGUUGGACUGGAUGCGGGACAACUGCCGGGAUGUGAUUUCUUCCCUGAGGGGAGACGUCAUGCGCUACGAGCACAACGUAAAUGAGCUUCAGCAGAUGAUAGCUGCAAGCAAUCCUCGGGAGAUCAAAGAUGGAUGGCGCAACUACACGCUGGCGUAUGAAAAUAUCAUCUCCAUGAUGCAGUACGGGCGCAUAGCCAGCAUGAAACUGCCUCAGCCCUUGUUUCAGCUAGGCCCACGUGACAAGUGGGCAGAAACACGGACCGUGGUGUCUACCUAUCCGGAGGAGAUCGCCAAAAUCUCUGUCCCCAAACCACCAGGCUGGCUGGAGACGGAGGCCUUGGAUGGACAGCUGAAGGGCAGCUACACAGGCCACCAGCUUCAUAUGAGGCUUGGCCCUCAUGCAGCUUUCAGCCGCUUGGUCCGGGUGCUGGGCUACAUGCUCUUCUCCAUGCAGCUGGAGCCAUUGACGGAGGAGGAGAUGAUGACGAAAUCCGGCCACUCUCGUGACGGAGCGACCCACAGCUUCAACAAACAUACGGUCAUUCUGCAGCUGGUCACGCAUGGGUUGUUACAGAUGCAAGACGUGGUUGCGGUCACUCUGCAACAGGUCAGAGCAAUCUACGUCGCAGUCCUCGAGAAAGCACACAAAUCAUUGGAGCAGUUCUUCCCGCACAUUGCGCACCAUCGGCAAUUUCAGAAGAUGCUCGACGAUAAGUACGAGGAGCUCCUGAUGCAGAAGCUUACAGCAGGGGCCAACGCAAUCCAUGACCGCAUCGUCACAAAGACGAGAUAUUUUGCUGUGGAUUUGCCAAAUCGAAUUCUCGUGCUGUUCGGCCUUACCCCCAUGGUGCAGGACGUUCUCGUGACGAAUCCUGCGUCGGCAUAUUACAACGAGAACAAGUCAGACGCUGAGCGAAAGAGCAGGCGCAUGCCUUCUCGCGAGCUUGACGGUGUGAGUAAGCAGAGGGAUGCGCUUCUGGCCAUGAAGGCUCGCCUGUACGAGCACCAGCAGCGCAACCCGUUCUCCUUGAUCGACUUCGUUGAGGGUGGACAGCAGGAUUUACAUCAGGACGAGUACCGAACAAUAAACGUCGACGACAUCAACUCCAUCGCGCACCAGUACUACAUGCUGGUCAAGGGGCUUCUUGUCCUAGACAUUGAGGGCAUCCUUGACCACGACAUCUUCCACCCCUUAGAGAACAAGGAAGUUCUGCUGAGAUCCAUGAGAGAGGAGAUGCUCCAAGCAGUAUCAGAUCUAGAAGACGACGAAGUCAACGAGAUGGUGGGCGCUGGGUUUCAGGAGAUGCUUCAAGAGCAGCAGGACACGAACGCGACUUUGGUGAAGCUGAAGACGGUCCUUGCGGAGCUGGAGAUGGUAGCUUCCACAGAGCUUGCCUCGGAUGCGCUUCCGAGCCUUGAGUGGUUCUUGCUCUUGUCUGAAGCCGUCUCUGCUGAUGUGCUGGCGAAGGCAGCAAGGGCGGCCAAGACGGAUCUGGUGAACUUGCUUCGCUUGCCAGCACACACGGUGAGCACCGGCUCGGAGCCUGACGUGGACCAUAGCUUCAUCCGGGUCACGGUGCGGCCGGCAUCCACCCGACAAGGCCAUGAGAGUUUGAGAGCCCUCAUUGCCGAGGCUGAGGGCAAGGUCUCUUUGGGUCGUGUUGCGGAAGUUUCACGCGAUGGUGAGGCCAUCCUUUCAACUUCUAAGUCCAGGUGCCUUGCGCUCAACAGUAACGUAUCGCAGCCGGCGAAGGUGGCCAACGCAACUCACCAGGCAGAGGGUCCGCAGGAAGAUGAGGCUGAGGCCGAGGCUGAGACCGAUGCCAAUAUCGAGGACGAAGGCGACAUGUAG